AAAAAAAAAGUUUUAGACUUGUUUUUGUGGCUACCAACGAUCCAUCUGAGGUUUUUGCUUUUGGAUGUAAAAGAAUUGAAACUAGCGAUGUUGCUGCCUAUUUGUUUGUGCGCAGAGAGAUUACUAUGAUGAGCUUAUUGUGGGUUUAAUAAGAAGAAGAAGAAGAAGUAAAGAUAUGAUUUUGAUGAUAACAGCUCCCGUCUUCACCACUUGUUCUCACCUUCUCCUCCGCCAUUCCGAUCAUUCUUCUUCUCCUCCUCUUCGCCAUGAAUCAAUUCAUCGGAGCACAAUUUCCUCUUUCAAAAGAAGAAGCGUCUCCACCUCCGCCUCCUCUUCUUCUUUGUUGCCGCAACCGCCGUCGCGUCCGGAUAAGGCGUCGGAGUUGAGGGCUCUGUGGAAGCGAUUCUGGAAAGUCGCGGCGCCUUUUUGGUUUUCCGAGGACAAAAACCAGGCCAGGCUGCGUCUCGCCGCCGUCUUCGCCCUUACUCUCGCCACCACCGGCAUCAGCGUCGGCUUCAAUUUCCUCGGCCGUGAUUUCUACAAUGCUCUGGCCAACAAAGACCAAGAGCAGUUCACGAAGCAGUUGCUCUAUUACCUCUGUGGUUUCGCCGGCGGAAUUCCGUUCUUUGUGCUAAGAGAUUAUGCAAAAGAGACUUUAUCACUGAGAUGGAGAUCAUGGAUGACCAAAUACUACCUGCAGCGCUAUUUGAAAGAUCAAACCUUCUACAAGAUCCAGUCCCAAUCUUUGAUUGACAAUCCAGAUCAGCGCAUUGUUGACGAUCUAAGUUCCUUCACUUCAACAGCCUUGUCUUUCUCUUUGACGCUUUUCAGUGCCUCCAUAGACCUCAUCUCUUUUAGCAACAUCCUCUUCACCAUCUAUCCUCCUCUCUUUCUCGUUCUCUUGCUCUACUCCUUUGGUGGAACUGCCAUCAGUGUCGUUGUGGGCAAGGGACUAGUGAAUCUCAACUUCCUGCAAGAGAAGAAAGAGGCGGACUUUCGUUACAGCCUUGUACGCGUGAGGGAAAAUGCUGAAUCGAUUGCUUUCUACGGAGGCGAACAGAAUGAAAUGCAGCUUCUGCUUCGGCGCUUCAGAAGCGCUUUUGAUAAUUUAACUGAAUUGCUGAUAGCAUCUAGAAAUCUAGAGUUCUUCACUGAUGGAUAUCGCUACCUCAUUCAGAUUCUUCCAGCUGCUGUUGUUGCCCCAAUGUUUUUCUCCGGGAAAAUUGAGUUUGGUGUCAUUAACCAGUCAGUGUCAGCAUUCAAUCAUAUCCUAGGAGACUUCUCGCUCGUUGUUUAUCAGUUCCAAGCUAUCAGCGCUUUUUCAGCUGUCAUUGACCGACUAGGUGAAUUUGAUGAUCUUUUGGAUAACAACAUCUCUAGAGAAAAUUCUCACACCGUGGAAGAGAUUGAGCUGACGUAUCAGAGUGCGGGGAGGUCUUCAUUGCCAGACUCCAAUGGUUCAAUCCAGUCUCGACAGAACCAAAAGCUUCUGGAGAUCGAGGAGCUCACUCUUCAGACACCAACAAAUGGAACCACAUUGGUUCACAACUUAUUUGCAGAUAUAUAUGACAAGGAUCAUCUACUGAUAAUGGGUCCUAGUGGGAGUGGUAAAACUUCGCUCCUAAGAGCAAUGGCUGGUCUUUGGAGGUCAGGGAAAGGAAAAAUCACGUUCUACCUCAAUUCUCAGGAUGAUUUUACACAGGAGAAAUAUGAUAGUCACGAAAAUUCAGGGAAAAAAAGUUCGGGAGACGUAUUGUUCCUUCCACAAAGGCCUUAUAUGGUUCUGGGAACUCUGCGUCAGCAAUUGCUCUAUCCUGCCUGGAGUACAACCAUGGAGGCAACACCUGGUAGCAGUAAAAUAGACGGUUCACUGCCUCUCCUGAUAAGAGAUGAUGGAGUUGAUGAGUUUAAUAAGCCGACAACAGAUGAUCUGAUGCAGACUCUAGAGAAAGUUCGUCUUGGACAUAUAGUGGAUCGCUUUGGUGGUCUUGAUUCGUUACACGAGUGGUCCAGUGUUCUUUCACUUGGUGAGCAGCAGCGCCUUGCCUUUGCACGGUUAUUGCUGUCUCAGCCAAAGCUGGCUCUCCUGGAUGAAUCCACUAGUGCUUUGGAUGAAGCUAAUGAGGCACACCUCUACCAGCAAAUCCAGUCAGCUGGCAUUACAUACAUAAGCAUUGGCCACCGGCAGACUUUAACCAAAUUCCAUAACAAGAUCUUACGCAUCUCAACGGCAGAUCCGAAAAGCAUGGACCGUAACUGGAGAAUGGAAGACGCGAGUGCCAAAGGUUCUUUGUACGGUCCAUUGAAUCAAGAAGAGGUGCCAAGUGAAAGCUGAUCAAAUACAUAGAGACAGAAGAAGGUAAAUGCAUUGCGGAGAUGAUCGGAGAGGGCAGUUCCUGAAACAGGGUUGUCUUGCAAGAAACAUUGUCCGAAACACCCUUUUGUUGUAUAUAAGUUGCAAGUAUUGACGUGGACACAAAACUAGUGAAAGAUGCAAAAUAAAAAGA